GAAUCUUGUUGAAUUUCACAUUCGGCAUUGUGAGUUUAAUCGUCAUACGUGGUUGCGGAAAAGUUUACAUGUGGAAUAUGUUUCGAUAUGUUUCAAAAUCGAGUGUGUCUCGAAAUAGUUUUCUUCCUCUCAUGAGACAAUUGCAAUUAAAUAGCACUCAUUUGGCGGCACAAUGCAUUACUUCGGAAUCGUCAGAACUUUACAGUACAGACGACGUAUACAACAAGUGGAAGGAUAAGAUUGUUUACAGUUCAUUUAUUGACAACAGCACGAUAAAAAUGGGCUACAAACAAAAUAAAAUUAUGCUAUCUAAAUUAAAACAUUUGCAAAAUAUCGAUAUGAAAAAGUCCCGUGAGAUCAGAUCAUUUUCCUUAGCUAUGAAGCAAUUGAAAGCUGGCCAAUUUAAUGAACUAUAUGACGAGAAAAGAGUGUGUUCCGGUAAGGCCGACAAUAGUUCAUCGGUCAUUCAAAUGCCGUACAAACAAAUCUACCGUAAUUUGCCUAAAACUGAUGAAACGGCAAUAGAAUGUGACGAGAAGCUUCUUAAUGGUGAAUGGAUGUCAGAUUAUGAGUAUUACGAAGAGCAUGACGAGGACGACAGAUCAUUCUACGGCACACCCGACCCUAGCAUACCGUCUUCGAAUAUACCAUGCGGAGGAUGUGGUGCAUUGCUACAUUGCAUAGAACCUAGCAUUCCCGGUUAUUUACCUAGUCAGCUGUUUAAAGGAAAAUCUAAAGAGCAGUUAUUGACGACCAUAUGCCAACGGUGCCAUUUCUUAAAAAACUACAAUAUUGCAAUAAAUGUGACGGUUUCUGCUGAGGACUACAUUCGAAUACUGUCGUCGAUGAAAUCAAAGAAAGCGCUAGCCGUCCUACUAGUGGAUGUUUUGGAUUUUCCUUGCUCAAUAUGGCCCGGUCUCUCUGAAAUAUUAGGAGCUCCAAGACCUAUAAUAGUUGUAGGCAAUAAAAUUGACCUUUUGCCACAGGACUGUUCAGGCUAUCUGGAAAACGUACGGCAAUGCUUGACCCGAAGCAUAAUCAAUUCUGGAUUUUCAAGGAACAACAUUAAACACGUCUCACUCAUAUCAGCCAAUACCGGAUUCGGGGUUGAAGAAUUAAUAACCAAAAUUCACAACGUUUGGGGAACUAGAGGAGAUGUGUAUUUAGUUGGUUGUACAAAUGUUGGAAAAAGCACUCUUUUCAAUGCUUUACUUCGUUCUGAUUUGUGCAAGGUUCAAGCGACAGAUUUGAUUCAAAAAGCCACCGCAAGUCCGUGGCCUGGCACUACUAUACGAAUGCUUAAGUUCCCUAUCAUGCGUCCAUCUGACUAUCGGUUAUAUUUAAGAACUAAUCGGCUGAAACAGGAGCAGUCCAGAGCUUUAAAAGGUGUCAAGCACGCGACCUUACUCGGCCACAUAGGUCGUACCUUCGGAAAAGAGCAGGAAGAAACUUUCGACCAUUUCUCUGUGACACAUAGAAGUGGUGUAUCGCCACCCAUUCUUACACUGAACGAGAAAAAUGAAAAGUAUAUUAACUCCAAAUGGUGUUACGAUACGCCAGGUGUCGUCCAACCCGAUCAAAUACUAGAUCUUCUCACUACGGAGGAAAUCAUUCUUACUAUUUCGAAGCAGAUGAUACGACCUAGGGUGUACCUUCUUAAACGAGGCAUGACGUUGUUCCUUGGCGGCUUGGGGCGAUUAGAUUUUUUAAACGGUCCAGAUUCAAUACGCUUGAUCGUAUAUGCUUCUCAUACGCUUCCAACAGUUAUUUGUAAUACGUCGGAUGCCUCUACGUUGUACAAAGCACUGUUAGGUACGAAAUUACUUGGUGUACCGUUUGGAAGCACGGAUCGGCUGGAAAAGUUUCCACCGUUGGAAAGCAUUCCGGAUAUUCUCGUACACGGUGAGCUGGAGAAACAUAUCACCAUUUGUGAUAUUUUAUUAUCGUCUGCUGGAUGGAUUGGUGUUAACUUACCGCAUAAUAGUGAUGCUACUUUUCGUGCCUGGACGCCUAGCAAAAGGGGAAUAUAUGUUCGUCAACCUUCACUGUUACCUAAUGGACUUGCUCUAAGAGGAAAACGUAUACGAGGAUCGCUGGCUUAUCGGUUAGGAGAAGUUUUCAAGCGCCGUUAGUGUGGAGCUGUGCAAAAUGUUGAGUAGAAGAGUUUGUUGGUAAUUGCAAUAAAAUUACUUAAAUAUUUUAUUACCAAAUUUUUCCUUACAAAGCUCUACUGUACUGUAAACGUAUAGUAGCCGUCUUUCGAGAGCAAUGUAGUGUUCGUUGAUGACUAGUGGAUACAGAAGAUCUAAUUUGUUCAAUUCUUCAAGCGUUUCGGAUAGUGCUCCUCCGGAGAAAAUUAGUAAUCGUUCCCAUGUUGCGCGUCGAAUGCUGAAACAAUAAAACAAAAAACCCAAA